AUGAAUCAAUCGACACAAAGUAGAAAGCGAAAACGUAAAGAAUCGAAACUAGAAACCGAAAAAUGUUCCAUUUGCCUGACAAAAUUACGAAAAUACGUCGCCUCUCCGAAAAAUUGCCGUCAUUUAUUUUGCCUGGGGUGCCUCAAACGAUGGUCCAGGACUCAGAACACUUGUCCGAUUUGCAGAAGACGGUUUUCUCGGAUCGAAGUCCUCAAUCAACGAUCAAAGAAGUUGGUUAGGGUUUUACCAGUAGCCAGAGCUGAUCAGCAAAACAUCCAACUCAAUCGGAUCGAUGUGUUUCUUAUGUUGAGCAUUACGACACGAUUGAUGAGCAUUAUGAGAACUUUAUUGUACGAUAUUUGA